CAGUGUGUGAAACAUGGCGGGUGCAGGCGGUCAUAUAGCGACAGAUAGUGACCUUCUGAGAUACGCCGAAUAUACACCUACAUCUAAUCAGCGGAAUGAAACAGAUAUUGACAAGCGCAUUGGCAGCACACUGAUCGCAGUUGGGCUUGGGGUUGCUGCAGCAGGAUUCGCAGGUCGAUAUGCGUUCCACUUAUGGAAACCUCUUGGUCAAGUGAUUACAGAAACUGCCAAAAAGUUUCCCUCUACUGCGUUCUCAGCAUAUUACAAAGGUGGAUUUGAGCAGAAGAUGACAAAGCGGGAAGCCAGUCUCAUUCUAGGGAUCAGUCCAACAAGCUCCAAGGCAAAGGUGAAAGAAGCCCAUAGGAGGAUCAUGGUCCUAAAUCAUCCAGAUAAAGGUGGCUCGCCAUAUUUGGCGACGAAGAUCAAUGAAGCAAAAGACCUGCUUGAGUCUGGCCAUCGGAGUUAACUUUCUACAUUCAAGAAGUUCAACCUCCAUUACUCUGAAUCAGGCCUCAGACCUGGAUCUUUCAUAUUGAAGGACCUAUGCUGUCGAUAGGAAGCAUUCCUGUUUAUCAUUAUUGAAGCUGCAUUGUUUAUUAAACGUUUAAUUUUAUGAUGUGUCUGCUGAAAAACAUCAGGCCUGAGUUUCCCAAUAGCAUCGUAGCACAAAGAUCAUCAUUAAAUGGUAGAGCGAGCAGCACAAUGAACACUCUCUGUCCUAGUUAAGAGGCUUUUGGGAAACCUGUCCCAGUCUAGUUUGUCUUUUGCAGAAAUGUAAGAGUACAAAAGUACUCAAAGCUAAGCGAGAUGGACUAAUGCCUGUUCAAUGUUAUUUAUAAUACUGAAUAAACUGUUGUGGUUAAUAAUAA